AUGGAAGAAGUACUCGAUAACAAAGAGACCAACUUUGAAGCUGCAAAUAAUACCGGCAGCGAAUGUGAUGUAAGUUCCUGCGGCUCAAAUAAUGGCGUUGAUGAGCAUCGGAACCGAGUGGUGGCGCUGCGACCCGCUGAUGCUCUCGACGCCCCGCUGCACUUAACGGAAAUUCCCAAACAAUUCCUUUUGGAGCCCGGAGCGGCGGGAGUUGGAGUUGGAAUUGGAACCCGUCAGUUGGUUCUAAAAGACAAAACGGAAGCGGCGCAACGCUCAUGGCCUCGUUUUCGCGUCCCUGUUGAUCGACCGCUUCCCCGAGCCGUAUGGUCCCCGAGUUGUCGCCGCCGUCGCCCAUCACAAGUGGAAAGUUAUCUGGCACCUCUUUUUACAGCGAGUGGUAAUGAAGAAGAAAAAGCCACUUUAUCAUUUCUUCAUCCCCCGGAAGGUAACCCACGGCAGGUGGUGGAGGAACGUAAAAGGCAGGAAAUGUCACAAAGGUGGGUGGAUGCUGAAGGAAAUCCCCGCCUGUCAGUGGCGGAGGUUCCCAUACGCGUACCAAACCUUAAAAAAAAGGUACCAAAAGAUUUUGUCCCUCAAUGCGCCCUUGUCUUUACGCAGUCGCGUAUGGCUGAAGUGGAGGAGACGCGAAAGCGACAGGCGGAAAUCGCGGAAUUGUCGAGUAAACGGCUUUCAAGACAAAUGAGGGACGAUCGCUUCUCAGAGGAGCGACAUGAGGAGGAAAACACACCAAUGGCGUAA